CGUUCAGAAAUGGAAGAAGUGGAAAUGUAUUAUCGUAUUCUUCUACAUUGAUGUGUGUGUGCUUGUGUAGUGGAGAAGUACAUUUAAACAAGUAUAAGAGAGAGAGAUUCCUUAAUCCCAUUAUCCAGACUGGGACUGUACCAAAAUAGCCUCAGCACUUCAACUAAGUUGUCCUUGAUGAACCCGAUCCCAGAUUCCUAUGAAGUCAUGGUCAGCUUACUGAUUCUACUGAGAUGUUUGACUCAACGGGUCCGUGUAGUUUCCCCCCCGAUGAGGAGCAGGUAACCUUUGUGGUUGUGACGGCUGAUUGGUGGGGGGAGGGCACUCCGAGGGAAUUAUUCGGGUUAAAGGAAUUAAUUGCGUCAGUUGGUUAGAUGAGAGACUCGAGACGACACGGGAGCUGGCCAGGAUUCUCGUAAGCGUCCGUGCAUCUGCAAAGCCAAAGAGGAAAGGAAGUAACCAACAUCCGCUGGGAAGUUUGCUGCCUUCUGCCCGGCAGACAGCACCGCGAUGUUUGCAAAGUUGAAGAAGCUGGUGGGGGCUCCCGAACCGCCGCUUGCCUACGCCGCUCCUCAGCCUGCAGCAGCUGCUCCGCCUGCCAUGCCGCCUGAGAAGAAGGAAGACACAACGCAACCGAGGCAAGAGGAGAAAAGCAAAGAUGAACCAAAAAAAGACGAAGAGAACAAAAAAGAGGCAGAAAAGACUCAGGAAGAACUGAAGAAGGAAGAGCCGGAGCCAGCACCUGCUCCUGCUGCUCCUGCCGCUGCUCCUGCCGCUGCUCCGGCUGCUCCUGCUGCUCCUGCCGCUGCUCCUGCUGGUCCGGCUGCUCCUGCUGCUCCAGCCAAUCCAGAGGGAGAUGGCGGUGAUGAGAAUGCGCCACCACCUUCUCCACCUCCUGUUGUCUACUUCCGAAACACGGAUGACUUCCUGAGAGAUUUGGUCAAGACCAUAAGGGAGAGGACUGACACGCUCAAGGAGAAAGUCAUCGAUCCGUAUGCCAGCUCCCCAGAAAUCAGCCCACCCGUCACGCCCAUCCUGAGGAAGGACGACUACCUCAGGCUGAAGGAAGAGGAGCGCAUCGCCAAAGAGGAAGCAGACAAGAAGAAGGCGGAGGAGGCAGCCAAAAAGGCAGAGGAGAAGAAGAAGAAAGACGAGGAAAAAAGGUUGGAAGCGGAGAAGAAAGCAGAGGAGGAAAGGCUGGCAGAGGAGGCCAGGAAGAAAGCAAAGCUGCUCCCGGAAAUCAACUUCACCAUCUUGGACGCCCUCUUACGGCCCCUGGACGACAAGCUGGACGUGAUGCUGGGAUGCACCAUCGACCCUUUCACUGAUCGCCGUUACAUCACUUGGUUGGCCUUGGUGGCCAUAUCUUUCAACUACAACGUCUGGUUCUGCUCGGCCCGCCUGGCCUUUCCGUACCAUAACGAAAGCGCCAACCGCUACUGGAUCUUUCUUGACGUUCUGAGUGACUUGGUGACUUUUGUCGACAUCGUGGUGUGGCAGCCGCGACUGCAGUUUGUCCGAGCGGGAGAUAUUGUCACCAACAGAGCCAUGACCAAGGAACACUACAGGAAAUCCACUCGCUUUAAGACGGACAUCAUCAGCAUCCUCCCCUUUGACCUGCUCUGCCUGUACUUUGAAUUCUCCUCCGUCUUCAGACUCAACCGCUUCGUCCGGUUUGAGAGUUUCUUUGAAUUCAGUGACCGGCUUGAGAGCAUCAUGGCCAAAGCUUACAUCUGGAGAGUGGCCCGCACCACAGGCUACCUGCUCUACAGCCUCCACAUCAACGCCUGCGCCUUCUAUGUCGCCUCCGUCCAUCAGGGCCUCGGCAGCAGCACGUGGGUCUACGAUGGAGAAGGGGUGGCGUACAUACGCUGCUACUACUUUGCGGUGCGCAGCCUGAUCAACAUCGGCGGGCUGCCAGAGCCUGUCACCACCUUUGAAAUCACCUUCCAGUUGGUCAACUUCUUCAUCGGCGUCUUCGUCUUCUCCAGCCUCAUCGGCCAGGCGAGGGUCAUCUCCAUUCCAACCUUCUUUCUGCUCUCUGCUCGUAAACGUGUCUUGUCUCCUCAGAUGAGAGACGUCAUAGGAGCGGCCACGGCGGGCCAGACGUACUUCCGGGCCUCCAUGGAUGGCACUGUGGCCUACAUGAACACCUACUACAUACCCAGAUAUAUCCAGAAUAGAAUCAGGACCUGGUACAACUACACCUGGGCUGCUCAGGGAAUGCUGGAUGAGUCGGAGCUGCUGGAUAAGAUGCCUUUGGUGAUGAGAACCGCCAUCGCCAUUGACAUCAACCUGGCCACGUUCCAGAAGAUUGCUUUGUUUCAGGGCUGUGACCAGCAGAUGUUGGUGGAUAUGCUGCUGAGGCUCAAAUCCAUCAUUUACCUCCCGGGAGAUUUUGUGGUCAAGAAAGGCGACAUCGGCAAAGAGAUGUACAUCAUCAAGAGCGGAGCCGUGCAGGUGGUGGGGGGGCCUGACAACAGCAUCGUGUUUGUCACGCUGAAGGCCGGCGCUGUGUUUGGAGAAAUCAGUCUGCUGCAGUCUGCCAAAGAUGGAGGGAACAGACGGACAGCAAACGUCAAAGCCUACGGCUUCGCUAAUCUAUUUGUUUUGGAAAAGAAGGAUUUGUUCGACAUCCUGGUCCACUACCCCGAGUCUCAGAAGGUGCUGGCCCGGAAGGGAAAGAAACUGACCAAGGCCAAAGCUCCUGCUGGCAAAAACGCAGGCGCUAAAGACGAGGACAAGCCAAAAGGUCUCGCUCUCUUUGGACAAAAACCACAAACACCAAAGCUGCUCCGAGCGUUCGCCAGUCUGCGGCCUAUCAAGGUAACAUCCCAUAAUUUGGUCCUGGCACUGACGUGUCGGGUGGAUGACGGAAGGACGGACGAGGGGUAACACGGCGUGUUUUUUGUCUUCCCAGAAUAUCCUGGAGAAACAAUGACCUUUCCGACAUCAGCCAUGUUUGAUGACUGCAUCAUUUCUCUCUGGAAAUAUAUCCCGUCCUCCUCUUCUUUAGCACGAGUCUGAGGAUGUCGGGUGGGGACGGUGUUAAGGUACCAAGGCAGAUAUACUGUAUAUACAGUAUAUAAUACUAUACAGUCAGUGUACAAGUAGAAGUACUGUAAGAUGCUGCAGAUAUUUCCUCUGCUGCUUUAUUGUCUGCUGUUUAGUUGUGCAUCUUCCAGUAGAUGAUCUGUCUGUCUUCUCCCCCCGUGACCGCCGUGCCGCACAGCUCGUUCAUCCAGAUGGCCGUGACUGCACCUAAAACACACACACACACACACACACACGUUAGACUCGUCACUCGUUUGGCAGCUUGUCAGGCGUGUCAAGUACCUGAAUGUGCCGACAUCCUGGAGGUGAUGGCGUUACUCAUUAAGUCCCACAGCAGGAGGUCACCUGACUGCCCCCCACACAACACAGAGUUGCCAUCCCAGCAGAAACACCUGACACACACACACACUCAAAAUGUUUAGAUACAUAAGAUUCAGCAAAGAUGGACAACUCAGCAAUACUUUUACUAGAAUAAAGUCAAAAUAUUCAGAAACAAAAGUUGUAAUGUAAUGGAAAAAAUGUACAGCAGAAUAAUAUUAUGAGGAAAAAUGUCAUUUUAGUAGCAUAAAGUCGAAAAAAAUGUUGUUUUUUCAAUUGUAAUUUUUGGAAAAUGAUGUCAAAGAUGAUUAAAGAGAGUUG